CUCAAAAAUCAAUUGAAGAGCCUUCUCGAAUAAACCUGCCAUGUCGCUGUACGAUAUUGCCAAGGAAGCUCGAAACCUACGACCACAGACAACCGAUGAGUUGGUUGCGGAACUGGAGCGGGCUUUCCUGACGCCUGAAUGCGAGUUCUCCGAAGAAUGGCUGAACAAGCUGCAAGAGCGUAACGCUCGAAAGCUAGAUUAUGACUCGCUAUAUGCCCUUCCCACAACGGUUUCGCGGACGUCUAUACGUUUCACCCGUGAAGGGUUAGAAGGUCGAAUCACAGGUUACGAGGAAGUCACUAUACCAUCAACAGACAUCAAUGCAAAGAACUCGACGUCUAUUCUACGGAAGCCUGCUGCUCGUACGGACUUCGUCCGCGGAAGGUCUGGCUUCGUGCCAUUUCUGCCAGGUGGUUUGGAGGAUGGCGCUAUAGAUGGCGAGGAAAAGCAUGACGAGGUGUCACCAAAUGGGCUGCUUCAAGUCGCACCAGGGCUGAGCCGCGGUCUUCGAGCGACGGAGCAUGAUGAUACAAACGAAGUUGACGAAAUGAGCGAGACUAACCCAGAUGUGUGGAAACUGGGUGAAGUGAAGCCAAUACGAAGGGAGAUUGCUUCAGUCGAAAAGGCCAAAAAGCAGAACCCCAGCAUCUCUGAGGAGGCCGACGGGCUCGAUGAUCUCUUGCCGACCGACUUUCCCCUACUGGCAUCAACAGUGGACUCAGCACAUUCCUCCACUGGUCGGCCAAAAGGCCGUGAGUGGGCACAUGUCGUGGACGUUAACCAGGAACUUACUAAUUUUCAUGAUCUGGUCCCGGAUAUGGCAAAGAAGUAUCCCUUCGAGUUGGAUACUUUUCAGAAGGAGGCUGUCUACCACUUGGAGCAGGGCGAUUCGGUAUUCGUGGCCGCGCAUACAAGUGCUGGUAAGACAGUGGUUGCAGAAUAUGCAAUUGCUCUCGCUGCCAAGCACAUGACAAGAGCCAUUUACACAUCUCCGAUCAAGGCUUUGAGUAAUCAGAAGUUUCGAGACUUCAAGAACACCUUUGAAGAUGUUGGUAUCCUUACUGGUGAUGUUCAGAUCAACCCAGAAGCCAGUUGCUUGAUUAUGACGACGGAAAUUCUUCGCAGUAUGUUGUACAGAGGUGCCGAUAUCAUUCGAGAUGUCGAAUACGUCAUCUUCGACGAAGUGCAUUAUGUAAAUGACCUCGAGCGUGGAGUGGUUUGGGAAGAGGUUAUAAUCAUGUUGCCAGAGCAUGUCAGUCUGAUCCUUCUGUCUGCGACAGUACCCAAUACAAAGGAGUUCGCAAGUUGGGUAGGCCGAACGAAGAAGAAGGACAUCUAUGUCAUUUCAACACCCAAACGACCCGUCCCUCUGGAACACUUUUUGUGGGCCAACAAGGGCUUGCACAAGAUCGUGGACGCAAACAAGAAUUUUUUGAUGCAGGGAUGGAAGGAUGCGAACGCUGCCUUAACUAAGACGAAGGAGCCCAAGCCUACUGCGCCUGGCCAGACACCGGCCCAGCGAGGAGGCAGGGGAGCUGCUCGAGGUGGAGGUCAAAUUCAGAGGGGCGCCAGCAAUUUCUCACGUGGGAGAGGAGGCAUGAGAACCAUGGAGCGACAAGACACGAACAUCUUCAUGCACCUUGUCAACUACCUCAAAAAGGAGAAGCUUUUGCCUGUUGUCGUUUUCGUCUUCUCCAAGCGUCGCUGUGAGGAUAACGCUAACUCCAUUCGCAAUGUGGAUCUCUGCACUGCAAGCGAGAAGAGUGAAAUCCAUGUAACGAUCGAAAAGUCCAUCGCCCGACUGAAAGCUGAGGAUCGGGUGUUGCCUCAAAUUAGGCGUAUGCGAGACUUGUUAUCGAGGGGUAUUGCAGUCCAUCAUGGGGGUUUGCUACCGAUCGUUAAGGAAAUUGUCGAGCUUCUGUUUGCCCGGGGAUUAGUGAAGGUUCUUUUUGCUACGGAGACCUUCGCUAUGGGAGUGAACAUGCCCGCCAAGUGCGUCGUAUUCUCCGGCAUCCGCAAACACGAUGGACGUAGCUUCCGCGACCUUUUGCCCGGUGAGUAUACGCAGAUGGCUGGUCGUGCUGGUCGCCGUGGGCUCGACACCACCGGUACAGUCAUCAUUAUCGCACAGUCCGAUGACGUUCCAGACACGGCAACAUUGUCGAAGAUGAUCAACGGUGCAGCGACCAAGUUAACCAGUCAGUUCCGUCUGACCUACAACAUGAUUCUUAAUCUGCUGCGAGUCGAAGCACUUAGGAUCGAGGAGAUGAUUAAACGCAGUUUCAGUGAGAAUGCAUCACAAGUGUUGUUGCCAGAACACCAAAAGAAGGUAUUGGCGACCGAGGAGGACUUGAAGAAACUUGUGCGCGUCGAGUGCGACAUCUGUCGGGACGGAUUAAGGAAAUGUCAUGAAGCUGCAAUGGAUUAUCGUCAGCUCACACGUAUCAUGUUGGAUAAGGCGAUGGUGAAUGCUGCUGGUCGUCGUAUAUUGUCAACCGGGCGCUUGGUUGUUAUCCAAGAUAAGACUACGCGUAUGCCAGCUAUCUUGAUCUCUGAAGUGGCUGCUACAUCGGAUGUCACGAAGACCUACUAUAUCCUUCGACCAAGGGUGGAAGAUACACAGAAACAGCCGGCUGAUCUUCUUCCGUUCCUGCCCGUGUUCAAGGAUUUUAUGAAGGAGAACUUUGUGGUGAUAGGUCCCUUGAAAUUGGCCGCUGUGCCUGCGACUGCUAUUGAAUUCGUUACCGGAACGACAAUCAAAGUCGAUUCUAACCUAGCACGCAGACAAGACAAGACCACGUUGCAAUGUGCAGCGGAUGAGCUCUCGAAUGUUGCGCUAGAUGUUUUCAGUCCAGCGUAUGAAGAAGCAGAUUGGAGCAAGGUCAAAGAUCUUCCAUUCGUCGACAUUCAGAAUUCUAGGCAUGUGUCUGCAAUAGCAGCACAACAGCAAGCAUGUCUGGACUGUCCGGAGUUCUUGAAGCACUACGCUAUGGAACACCAAGAAUAUCUCUUGCGCAGCAACAUCACGCAAUUGAAGCAGCUGAUCUCCGACCAAAACCUUGAGCUUCUGCCGGAUUACGAACAGAGAAUAGCGGUUUUGAAGGAACUGCAUUUCAUCGAUGAGGAUUUGACGGUGCAACUAAAGGGCCGAGUUGCGUGCGAAGUCAACUCUACGAAUGCACUCAUUCUGACGGAGCUCGUGCUGGAGAACACGCUCGCAGAAUUUGAGCCAGAAGAAAUUGUGGCAUUACUGUCAUCAUUCGUGUUCCAAGAGCGCAGUGAUGCUGAGCCUAAGGUCACUCCUCAUCUCGAGAAGGGUAAAGAAAUUAUUAUGUCCCUUGCGGCGAGGGUGAAUGCAGUGCAGGAAAAGCAUCAGGUGUUGCUUGCAGGUGAAGACAGUGAGUUUACUGACAAGAAGUUUGGUUUAAUGGAGGUUGUUUACGAGUGGGCUCGUGGAAUGUCAUUCAACACCAUCACUGAGUUGACAGACGUUCUUGAGGGUACCAUUGUUCGAGCGAUCACUCGCCUAGAUGAAACCUGUCGGGAAGUAAAGAACGCCGCGCGCUUGAUCGGUGAUGCCGCACUGUUCACUCGCAUGGAAGAAUGUCAGGAGCUUAUCAAGCGAGACAUUAUCUUUGCCCCGUCACUCUAUAUGUAGACGGUCUGAUAAGAAGAACUGUUUUGCGUGAUAAAGCUAGGCAGAACAACAGAGAAGCAAAUGCACACAACGCCAUAAACCAAGAUAAAGAUGGGAAAACUGUCCGUCAGGAGACCAGCUGCCGUUCCGCUGUUCCGCUUACACCGUAGUCCAGUUCCACCUCAGAUCACCCUUGAUCUGGGUUUCCUUCUCCACAGGCCG